AUGACCAACGAUUGCAAAAAUAAAGACCAGGAUGUUUCGUUUCGUUUCCCUAGAAAUGAAGAAAGACGAAGAAAAUGGAUAGUUAAUUCUCGUCGAGAUCAAUGGAUCCCGGGCCCAGGAGCGUAUCUUUGUGAGGUACAUUUUGAAGAAAAUCAAUUUGAAUGCUCUAGGCAAGAUGGGCGUAAAAAACUCAAGCCCAAUGCUGUGCCAACUCUUUUCAAUGUGCCUAAUCCCCCACAACUGUUGACCCCACAGCGUCUAAAAGGCAUUGGUUUACCAAAGCACCGUUCAGUUACAUCCAAUUUUUGUAAUGGUGGCUUGCUGCACAGUUUACCUUUAUCAACUGAAGCGAUUUCUGUUGCUGAACCAUCUGUUGUUCAUUUGCCACAACCUUCAGCUUCAUAUUUUGGAGAAAUAAAUUUUGCUGCCGAAGUAUCUGAUGUUUGUUUGCAAGAACAAGCUUCAACUUCAUCUUGUGAUAAAAUGCCAUCUAUUUGUGAAGGAUCUCAUGUAAGUAGAUAAUUAGUGUAUUAUUAA